AUGCAGGCCCCCUCAGUGAGCCACCAAGACCCUCUGCCUCGAAAGAAUGCCACACCCUGGGAAGCCUCCUACCAACGCUUCAGUCAAUUCCAAUAUGAAGAAGCAGCUGGGCCUCGAGAAGCCUUCUGCAAGCUCUGGGAGCUUUGCUGUCAAUGGCUGAAGCCACAGAUACGAUCUGUGGACCAGAUCCUGGCGCUGUUCCUGAUGGAGAAAUUCUUGCAAAUUCUACCUGCAGACACAGAGGCCGGCCGGAUCGUGCUCAGUGAGGAGACCAGAGAAAGAGUGUUCGCCCUGAUAGAAAACCUGCAGAAAGACAACGGGGAGCCAGAGAACAAGUACCAACAUCUGGAACCUCCUGGUGAAGAACCCCCAGAACAGCUGCUGGCUGAAUGCAAGACACCCGAGAAAACCCAGAAGUCCUCAGAAUACCAGGACCAAUGGGAGAUGCCAGGGACCUCCAAGAAAGCACAGGGGCCUGUCAACCCUGGAGCCUCUGCACAGGCUCGUCCCGAUGAGAGGCCUGUCUUCACUGAGCAGUUAGGGCUAUGUUCUGCUCACCGGCAGCAACGUAAUAUUCGCGUGGGGUCUCGCUCAGGAAGGGUAGCACCAGAGGGCCCCGGAAAUAGGGCAUGGCCCUCCUGUGGGCCAGACCUGUGGGCCAGACCCUCCAAGGAGGAGGGUACCCAUGAGUGUGCUUCGUGUGGCAGUUCAUUUAGUCAGGCAGCCUAUUUUGACCAAGAAAGACAGCAAUGCAGGCUCUGUAAGAGGGAGUUUAUGUACAAGUUGGGCCUGAAAGAGCAUGUGAAAACUCAGAUAGUUUCCAGGCCUUACCAGUGCCCCUACUGCGGGAAAAGCUUUAGAGGGCAGUCCCAUGUUAUCGCACACCAAGUGAGACACACUGACGAGAGACCAUUUGUCUGCCAACACUGUCAGAAAAGCUAUAAGCACAAAUCCAGCCUGCUGCGACACUUGAAAACCCACAAAAGGGAGGAUGAACACAAGGAAAUCCAGGGCUCUCAGGGCCCCAUGCACAACACACACUAA